AUGCACUUUAGACAGCUUUCUGUGCUUGCGGCUUUCGCCUCCGGCGCAUCCGCUUGCCAGCGUGAUCUCGUCCUCUCUAAACGACACACGCAUCGUCAGCCCUUGUCCAAGCGCAACGACAAUUGGCCUCCGGUCUUGACGGAGCAGGAGACCUUGCUCGUCAAUUCUUUCGAUAACUCCUCCAUCGAUCGAUGGUCUGACUACUAUGGUCACCAGAACAAGCUUGCCGGCUAUGGCAAAGAAGCUGCUCAGUGGACUGCAGACAAGUGGGCAGAGAAUGGCUUUGACUCGCACCUCGCCGAGUAUCAUAUCUUUCUCCGAUACCCCGUCAGCUCGUCUUUAUACUUCACGGGUCCCAAUGGCACAACCGAGGAAGUAAACACCAAAGAAGAGGUCCUUGAGGAAGACGACGUUACUGGCCGAGAUGAAAUUUCUCAGCAAACCUGGCUAGCUUACUCGCCUACUGGUAAUGCUUCCGCGGAAUACGUAUAUGCUGGUCGCGGCUCAAUUGACGAUUUCGACCGCCUCGUUGAACUGGGUGUUGAUUUCAAGGGAAAGAUCGCUCUCAUCAAGUACGGAGGCCUUUUCCGUGGCCUCAAGGUCAAGAAUGCUCAAGACCACGGCGCUAUUGGUGCAGUCAUUUUCACGGAUCCUGGUGACGAUGGAAACAUCACCGUUGCCAACGGCUACAAGGCCUACCCAGAUGGCCCUGCCAGAAACCCAAGCUCUGUUCAAAAGGGCUCAACUCUAUUCCUCUCCACUCGCACCGGAGAUCCCACCACUCCUGGCUACCCCUCCAAGAAAGACUCACCCCGAGCCGAUAUCUCUGAGGUUAUUGCCAAGAUCCCAGCCCUUCCUAUUUCCUACUCGGCUGCUGAGCCUCUGCUGAAGGCUCUCAACGGCCAUGGCGUUUCGGCAGAGAAGGUAAACCGCACUGCUUGGACAGGCGGACUCAAGGUGGAUUAUAGUACUGGCCCUGCUCCUGGCGUGAAGCUGGAUCUCAGCACUGUUUCUCGCGAUUCGAUUGAACCUGUCCAUGAUGUCAUUGGCGUCAUCAACGGUACCAACGCGGACGAGACUAUUAUUAUUGGAAACCAUAGAGAUACAUGGAUGGUCGGCGGCAACGGUGACCCCAACUCUGGCUCUGCCAUCCUCAUCGAGCUAUCUCGCGCUCUCAAGAAACUCACAGAGUCAGGCUGGAAGCCCAAGCGAAACAUCGUCCUUGCAUCCUGGGACGCCGAAGAAUGGGGCAUCAUUGGAUCUACUGAGUGGGUUGAGGAGCACGUCAACUGGCUCACCGACACUGCUGUCACUUACCUCAACAUCGAUGUCGCCGUGAGCGGUCCCAGACCUAACCUUGGUGCAUCACCUGAGCUUCACACCUUUGCCACUGAGACUCUCAAGAAGGUCAUUGACCCCAACUUUGGCGGCUUCAACAAGUCACUCUACGAAGCUUGGCAUGAUGCUACUGAGGGUGAUAUUGAGGUUCUGGGUUCUGGCUCUGAUUACACUGCCUUCUUCCACCGCGGUAUCAGCGCUCUCGAUACAGGUAGUGGUGGAGGAGCCAACGACCCUAUUUGGCAUUACCACUCCAACUACGACACCUACCACUGGAUGUCCACCUUUGGUGACCCAGGUUUCCACACCCACGUUGCCCAGGGACAGUACCUGGCCCUGCUGGCGUACCAUCUCUCCACUGAUGAUAUUCUUCCCUUCGACACUCAAAACUAUGCCAAGGAGCUUCGCGCAUACUACGAGGACCUUGUGGAGUAUGCUGAGGGUCAUGACGCUGAUCUCGACCUCGGUGAACUUGAUGCAGCCAUCGAAACCUUCAAGAAGAGCGCCGACGAGGUCAAAGCUCUUGAAGAACUCGCCAGGGAGCGUGAUGACGAGAUUCUCAAGAAGGUGGUCAACCACAAGUACCGCGACUUCCAGCGUGGCUUCAUCUCCCAGGGUGGUCUUCCUGAUCGUGAAUUCUACAAGCACGUCGUCAACGCUCCUGGCCUGGACACUGGCUACGCCGCCGUUACCUUCCCCGGCAUCACUGAGGGAGUACAGUACGCUAAGGAUGGAGAUUUCUCUGUCGCCCAAGGGUGGGUUAAGAAGACUGCUCGAGGUAUUGUUGUCGCUGCAAACAUCCUCAAGACAUAG